AUGCUCACCGAGUCCAAUGACAGUCCCUAUGCUGGGGGGAACGCACCGAAACUUCGAACAGCAUGCGAGAAUUGUAGACAGUCCAAGGUGAAAUGCAAUUUAUCGGGGAAGAAUGUAUGUACACGGUGUCUGCGACAUGGCUUGCAAUGCCAGUAUGGAUUUGCCAAUCGAUCUGGCAAACCAAAGGGCAGUAAGAACCGAGCUACACUACGCAAGCUGGGCCAACUCCAAGAAGAGAAGCCGCCAAUCCGGGGAUUUCGUGGUAAUCGAAUUGUUCCUCCACCCGUGGCAGAACGAGAACCUCGGGUUCCCCUAGGUACGGAGUACCCAGGUCAUAUGAUAGAUCCAAUGAUGGAUGAUGAUAUAUGCUUGAUACCUGGUCCACCGGGACUUUGGGAAAGUCCACGGAGUUUUGGCAGUGCCACCGCACUAGACACGCCUAUUUGUCCUUCGCAGUUGGCAACAGUUGACGGUUCACCCUUCACCGAUCUCAUGGAUUCUUGUCCUACAAUUCCCCUUGGCUUGGGAUACCCACACACACCGGUCACGCCCACUUUUCUCCCGUCGGACCCUCUGAUUGAUGGAAUGGCAAGCCCACCAUUCGGUGGAUCUAUCUCCUCCCCAUAUCCAUCAGCACCAUGCGACUGUGUUGACAAGCAGAUAUUCUACAUGAAUCGACUGAAUCAUCUUCUUGCUGAAUCGAUGCCUCUGCGAUUCGACAACAGCCUUCAGCUCAUCAAAGCUACAUUCUGUGCGUGCCAGUUCUUCAUGCAAUGUGCGAAGUGCACCAAGGACAAUGCAAAUCUGCUCCUAGUCAUCUCGGUGCUUAACUUGACCCUUCAAUUAUUCGAGUAUUGGAUCUCACGCGAGACUACACGAAUCCCGCGGACAGAACUUGGGCUCGAUAUUCGCUAUGGAUAUUAUGAAGUCGGCCAGGAUGACAAUCGUCAGAUUCGGGCAUUCUUGCUUCGAAAGUUGCUGCUUCAGUGCAAAGAUGUUUUGUCGAUGCUAACCGCAGCUAUCAAUACCAUCUGCCUCGAGAACCCCAAACUUCUUGAUAGUGAAGGCCAUGCAGAGUCGAGUAUGAAGACUGAAGAUCUAGUCAAUCACACCUGGGCUCCACCUGGGCAUUUCGGUGCGACAUUAUCCCAUCCAGAACUAGACGGGCUAUCCGGUCCUGGAAGUAACUGUCUUCUGCCCAUCAUUGGGGGCUAUGAAGCCACAGUGGAUGCAUUCCUUCAAUCUGUCUCGAAUGAUUGUAUCUGUGGGUCGAAAUACUCGAUUCGAGACCAGUCUCUUUGA